AUGAGCCGCUCCGGCAGCACCGACCACAAUCGUUCCACCCGCGUCAGCCGCCGCACCCGUAGAAGCAGCUUGGCUGGCAUCGAGGGGAGCCCCAACGGCAGCAACGAAAGCGCGGAGGAGGAGCACGGACAACGAGGCGCACCCAGCGAGGGACAGAAGUGCAGCAGCAGCAUCCCCAGCGACGCGACCAGCGGGGUGGCGAAGGAGCAGUCCCCGACCACCCCCACCACCACCUCCAGCAAGCCCAGCGACAACCAUUUCAACAGCAGCAGCGACCGCUCCCGCAGACCACCCCCACCGACGACAGCACGGAGCACGCGACUUGAUGACGGUCCCCGUGUCGGUCUUGCCGCCCGCACUGGCCGCGCAGGUGCCGGCUGGCGUCGGUAUCAUAGCGCUCCCCCGGGCCGUCGUGGCCUCUCUCGGCGUCGACCUCCGCAGGAUCGACCCCCUCCUCGCCUCUGCACAGCCGCUGGGGGUGUAUGGCAACGUGGGCCACCACGGGGCCUCGACGCACCACCACCACCACCACCACCACCCCUAUCCCAUCACCACAGCAGCAGCAGCUGCAGCGUCAGCACCAGUGCCAUUCUUCCCCAUCACAAUCGUCCCUUUGCGGGCUACCCGUCCACCUCGAGCUCCUCCGCGUCCCCGGGCGCCGGUGCUCUCCAUCGCAGCCACCCUCCUCCCCCGCCUCCUCCACACCACCCGCAGGAGAGCGGGAAUCCACCCAACCGCCACCACUUGGACCACUACUACUGGUCCGAGGAGAGCUCCGACCACAAUGGAACCAGCGGCAACAGCAACAGCGACGACGACGACGACAACGCCGGCCUUUCCCCUCUCAGCAGCGGCAGCGGACUACACUCCUCUGGCAGCACUGUGGAGUCUCUUAACCUGCCGCCACGCCCGAACGACGAGAGAGGGGAGCGGAGCACCGACGGCCACGCCGUUAAUCGCCCCACUUCUCCUGCGGAGCGAUUCUCUGCCAGAAAGUGCGGUAGGCGACGGGAGCGGCACGAAUCGUAG